CCCAACCUGUUUGCAACUGACGUUUUGAGAGUAUUGUUCGGAAAUUUACAAAAGCUGCAAUGACUAUAACUUUACAAUUAUUUAUGUACUUUACCGUCUUACUCUGCUGUACUGUCGCCUACAAUAUGGAAUUCGUGGACGUUAAUGCUUCGUCGACCACACCUGAUAUUUUGGAUACAUCUUUGAGGAAAGUUCGCAUUUCUCGCGGUGUUUUUGGUUUUAGUGGCUUCAUCAAUAUGAAACAAGAUUUCGACACCGAUUUACAAACCUACGAAGUACAGGUCUACUACAGUUCAAAUGGCAUAUCCUAUGCCCUUUCGCCGUUUCGCAUUCCGCCAACACCGAUGACAAAAGUAAUGAAUAAGGAAUAUAAAUUAUAUGCAAAAGAUGCACUGGACAAAUGCUGCACUAAUGCGCCGCAAUUUGAUCGAUUUGUUUCGCCAAUGACAGCUCGUAAUAUGAUAUGCGAAAAUUGUCAACUUCUUACCACUAAUUUUCCCAGCGUGUUGCGUUCCGGAUAUUAUAAAUUGGUAGUUAGAAUAUAUGAAAGACCAAACGUAACAAUUAUAAUGUUGGGGAAAAUAGAUUGGUCUUGAUUGUCGUUCAAGGUAUUAACCGCAACAUGCACUGCGAUU